UCAAUAGUGCCAUCGAUAGCACCAUCUGUUUGUAGCAGCCCAGGUAAAAUUUAUAAAAAACAAUGCAGGAAAGAUGACAGAAAAGAAUGAACAAUUACGAGAACAGCUAAUCGCGGCGGUAGUGAAAAAGCGCGCCGCAAUUGCGCGGGCUCAGGAAAUUGUUGUGAGACUCUUGGAACCCGGCAUAGCUGAAACUGAAUUUCUGGCCAUGCUCUGGGAAAUCGCACCCCACAAUUAUAUCGACGUUGUGGACGAGCGGGAAAUCAGCAAAAACUGCGGCUACCCGCUCUGUUCCAACGCGUUGGAGAAUGUACCCAAACAGAAAUACCAAAUCAGCGCAACGCGAAACAAGGUAUACGAUCUCACAGAGCGAAAGAAAUUCUGCUCCGGCUAUUGUUUCCGUGCCUCGGAGUAUAUCAAGGCCCAGGUGCCGACUUUGCCGCUGUGGCUGCGCGACAGGGAGCCACGGCCGAGCUUUCAGCUGCUGCCGCGAGACAAAUGAGAAAAGUAAACGGGUUUCAAUGCUAUUUCUAUUUUUUCAUAUAAUGAAGUACCAUUUUUGCUUGUUAAA